AUGGCUCCUAUCAAGGAUGCUGUCGGACCAUCGCAAGAAGCGCUCUUGAAUCUGGAAAAAAGCACUGCGAGCCCUGACGCCCAACUCGACCAAGCUGCGCAUAUUCUCCGGCUGGACUUGUCGAUCGACACUUUUACAGGAUCUGCUGAUCAUCUGAACAAAAUCUCGGAUCCCACGCGCCCUGCACCCAAAGAGCAGUGGGUGCUGCGAUGGCUGCUCAAGCGCCUGAAAACCAAGCCCUACCGACUUCACCCGCGCUCUUUUCUUCUGCUACAGAACCUCGUCCAGCGUCUUCCUCGCAAGGCCAUUGCGGUGGUACUCGCCGAUUACAAAUUUCCGCAGCUGUUGAAGGAUAUCGUUGAAGACUUGGACGGUGCCGUUGUCCAGUCCCUUCAACAAGAUACGGCGGCGCCGUCGGACUCUGAAACCAGCGCCACGCUCGACCGAUCACCUGUCCGGCCCAAGAAAAGAAAGAGAGACAGUGACGUAGGGAAUGAAGCUAGUCAGAAUCUGCCCCAGCCUGCAGUCGUUGUUGCGGCCUAUGUCAGUUUCUUGGACAGUCUUUAUACCCUCACGGCUUUGGCCAAGGGUCGUGAAAAUAAUGCGGAUAUAUCGCAAAUACAUCUGAGGCAGUCGCUGCGAACAGAGCCCAUGGUUAUCGCUCCAAUACUCGGCAAAUUGCUCAGACUGUCUGCUCGUCUAGUGGCCAAGUUCGCUAGGGAGAAGAAUGCUUCGGAAUUACAACAUUUGCUCAAGGUCACAACAUCUGCAUUUACGUUGUGGGAUUUCAAGAAGCAGAAUGUUGGUGGUAAUGAAAAGAAUGACGUUAAUGUUUCGUUUUCGGAACAUUGUUUCCUGGAAGCUUUGAGGCUCUACCGCCUCGUACUUUGCGUUGGGGACAUGUCUGAGAGCGCAGAGUUCAUUGUGCACUCUGUCGAAAAGCUGAUCGCUCUCCAUGUUGUCAUUCCAGCACGAUCAGCUUUUAUCAGCCGUGGGGGCUCCGGAAUUGACUAUUCAAAAGACGACGAUCCCGACUGGAGCGCUGUCCAACCGGUGACAGCUACAUUCAAACCCCUCCUGGAAGACAAGUCAAGUCAAAGCGUUGAUUGCAGCGGAAUCGAAGCUUCGCCUCAGUCCGAGAAAAACGUCUGCAUAUUUGCUCCAACCUGGCGACCAGCUGAGCUUGUCCCGACAUUAUUUAACAUUAUCGCCCGCUCUGUGCCGAGAAACUCAUUUCGUCGCCAGGCAGGCGAGGCUUCGUGGCUGGAAACCGCCUUUGUGGCACUCGCUGAGCUGGCUUAUUCGAUGACGAAGCCUAUCAGCCGCAGCACGUCCGAGUUUAUACCCUUGUUGGAGCAACUGUUUAUCGUUGUUCGCACUCGUAAGAUCAAGCUAUCGCUGCACACGUUUCUUACACAUGCUGCAUAUACCAGUCUGCUAAAGGGCAAAGACAAACCACAAGACGUGCACUGGAAUCUAACAGCACUGCUUGUGGAACUUGGAGUUGACAUCUUUCUGCCGAAUUCGGGGCUCAAAGACUCGCAACGCUUGCUCGAUGCUCUUCUGCACACGCUCAGCCAAAUCCGGAGCCGUCAGACAGGGCAAGGACAGUACCAAUUGAUCAAAAGUGGGGUAGUCAUUCCUCUACUUCGUGCUUUUGCUGCCGCGAGAGAUCUUCCUUUUUUCAUUCAGCAGUGGCACGGGCAGCUGCGUGAGGUUGAGGCUUCGCGCGAGUCUACGUUGCCCUUUGAAGACGCAUAUUCUGUCUGGGAAGAUGAAGACGUAGCCACCGCAUUCCGAGAAGUGAUGAAGACUUCUUUGAGCGAGUCGCAGCUUGGGUCGAUAAUACAGGGAGCUAUUAAUACUGUCGCUUCGACUACAGAAACAUUGGCAACUUCACCUGAAUCAUAUGCUUCUAUCGUCUUGUUAGAAAUCACCUCGGACAUCUGGGGCCACCAUGGCAUCCCUGGCCUACAAAUCGAGCUUGUGGCAGCUCUGGCAAAGGCAAAUAGUAAGACUGUUUUGCUGCAGAACACAACACACUGGAAAUGGCGUUUAUGGAGGCUGGCACGGAAACUGCUUCCUAUUACUCUGAAGGAUUCUCGCAAUGGCCCCAAUGAUUUGGCUCAGACGUUAGAGCGCGGCGCAUUAGAGGUGACACAGAGUGUACAACCACUUGCAGAUGCUGAAUCUAAUAGCUUGCGAGAGUCCCUCGAGGCUUGUCGGUUUUUACUGCAAGCCACGAAAGAUCUGGAGCACGGCUCUUCUGAAGGAGAAGAAAUCGUGCAGUCUCUACUCGGUAACAUCACGAAACUAUUCCAAACAUUGCUCGCAUCAAAGGAGAAACACAUGUCCCGCUGGAAUGGCCGUAUCGAAGACCUCACCUCUUUGGGUCAGCUCGGAGCAGCUUAUAUUGUGUGCAUGAUGGAGUUUCCUGGUACAUGGCACCGGGUUCCUGUCAAGGCUUUGGAAGAAUUUGUCGACUGCUUUUUACUUUUAGCUUCGCGAACGAAGGAGUCUGAAACUUCUUCAAAGGGUGCAUCUGUUUACCAAUUGUGGGAAGUUGUUGUCUCGUAUGACUACCUGCUCGAUGUUGCACCGCUCUGCUCAGCACUCGCCCAAGUGCUCUUCCGACACCUAGAGAGUGAUUCCGGUCAGCGACUUUUUGUUCUUGGUUUCUUGCCCAGGAUCCCUGUACGCCUACAUGGGGUCAACGGGGCCAAGGAUGCCAUGACAUCGCUAAUGAAGGGAAACUUCUGCUCUGCGCAAGCAAUUCCAGACGCGAUAUCGCUGGUCAGUAAAUGGUGCCGCGAAUCCACAACCAUUGAUACAGCAGCAAAGGACUGGAUUAUUUCAGCAUUGCCACUACAAGGAUCAAGCGACGAUAUUUAUACACUUCAAGCUUUUCGAACACUAGCUGAAAGUGUUUUUCAGCGCGAGUUUCAAGAAUGCAGUCCUGCUGAGUUGCCCAAACUCUUGAAAAAGUACUGCAAGAUCGCGUCUCGGGGUGUGUCUGCAGUCGAGGAGCAGAAUAAAAAGCUCUCUCUGGGUCCGGUACUCACGGCAGUUUUGUUACGGAAUUUAUGGGAGCGUCGUGAGGAGGCUCAGGAUGCGAAGUUGGAGAAAGAUAUUGCUCACCAAAGACAAAAACUGCUUCAGUGUGUUCUCGAUGGCCUUGACGCUGGCAAGCAGCUUUUGCAGGACGACGAAGAAGAAGAAGAAGAAGAAGAAGAAGAAUUGGAUACUCGCGCGGCAAUCGCGCUUGUGGUGACAUUUUACAUGCUAAAAGAGCUUCAAGAUCUGGUGCUAGAGAAUCGAAAAGCUGGCAAACGAGUGACGGAAAUCUACAAAAUCGUCCAAGGAACAUCCUUACGCUCUGGACAUUUUCUACACAAAGCCGUCAGACAGCAGCUGCUGGUCGAAUUUUCAAAUGAGGAUGGUCUCGUUCUGGACGAUGCCAGACUUGUGCAGGCUGUUGACUUGCAGCAGCUGUACGCGGACGAACAAGAACAGUUUGUACGAGACACUACGGCCAAACUCGAGGCUAUGAGCAACGCGGAACGCCUCCAGACGAUUCGCAAGCUACAAGACCAUGGGUUCGAUGGCCCAACCGGACCAUGUCGACUCCUGAUGGGUGGGUUGGCUGUUUCUACGCUGGAUGAAAUCCCCGAGCGAGGCGGUGAAGAAGCACAAACCCUCUCGUCUCUGUGUACGGCUGUUACCAAUGUCAUACAGGAUAGUCAGACCGUCGAGCAGUUCUCCUUUGCUGCCGAGUGUCUCGACGUUAUCCUCCGUUUACACCCGCGUGGUGUUUCGCAGUACAAUAUUGACAAGUGCUUGUCCGCUGUUUCGACAACGAUAUCCAACAUCUCCUCGACAGAGUUUCCCGGCAAGGUAUCUGCGGAAUUCGCCAGCACGAUAUACACGCGGUUAUGUCGACUCCUGGGCACGCUAUUUGGCCUGUAUCGGCAGCAGCUGGGCGGACGAUUCCACGUUCUGGUGCCGGCGCUGCAAUGCCUCCUCCAAGCACUGUUUAUCCCAAGCCGGAAACGCAAACGCAACGCCACACUGACAUUAGCCCUGGGCGUCCCCCACGCAGUCAUGUUUUCGCGCCUGCUCAGCUCGCUCUGCGACCCGACAGUCUCUGCCGUAUCACGACCGGGCGGCGGACACGACGGUCUCGUCGACCAGACGAAAAAGGCCAAGCUGAUUGCCGGACAGCAUCUGCGGAUCGUGAUCGAAAGCUACACAGCCAACAUGCUCGACGGGCCGAUCAGCGCAGAGACAAAAGCGGCGCUGGCUCCAGGGCUGUAUGCCGUGCUCGAUGCAAUGUCGACAGAUACGAAAAGGGCGCUGAACGCGAGUCUGGACGUGUCGUCGCGGGCGAUUUUCAAGACGCUGCAUGAUGAUUAUGUCAAGUUUGGCAAGUGGAAUAACAAGGGAUAA